UUUUUUUUUUUUUCCUGAUCCUGAUAUCAACUGCAGGUAGUAUAUGUUUUCGGAAAUUUAACUAUGAUCAGAAAUCCAGAUUAUACUAAUUUUGUUUGCUGUGCUGUUUGCAAUAAAAUAAUCCCACCAGCCCCUUUCGGGGACACCUUCAAACGGAUCCAUGAAUACAAGCCAUUUAAGACACGCUUUUACACUCACAAAGAUAUACUGGAAAUUGGAGCAAGCAUUCUGAACCACGAAGAGCAGUUUCAAGAGUCUGCGCUCAGGGAAUGCAUUGCAAAAGCAGAAGCUAAAGUGUGGUCACAGGCGAAUGAGCUCCAAAAACAAGCCGUGGAGCAAGCCCUUGAAGACGCAAAUGCCAGACACGAAUUCAAAAUUCGAUUUCUGGAAGAACAGCAUCAAAAAGACUUAAAGGCUGUACAAGACAAAACCAAGGAGGAGAUAUUUCAAAGCAUGGAUGCUGAACUGAAGAGAGAGCACUCUGCUGCAGAGCAGCGCAUGGUCCACAGAAUCCAGAGGAUAAUGAUGGAGUGCCACAGAGAGAAGCUAGAGGCUGUGAAUAAAGCCAGGGAAGAAGAAAGAGAGAUUGCCAAGAAAGCUAUGGAGGACCAGAAAAGCAAGGUGGUGGAGGAGCUCGUGCAUACUGGUGUGGCAGCUAUCCGAGACCAGAAGGCAAACUUUGGCCAGCUGAUAAAAGCAAAAGAGCACGAGAUGAAUGCUUACUAUGGUAUGGCUCAGAGGCAGAAGCAAGAAGAAGUGCAAGAAGUCCUUGAAGAAGCCGAGAAAACCCACCAGGCCAAUCUUGAGAAUGUGAUGGAUAAACUGGUGAACACCCAGGGGGAGCUGGUGUCCGUGGCAAAGCAGCUGGGAAUCAUGACAAACUGGAAAGAUUUUCUGGAGGAGGAGUUACAGGAGACCAGGGCAGCGUUUCAGAAGUACAUCAAUUACACCUUCCCCAAGCUCUCCCCAGGACAAGCUGACUUCAUGCUGCCAGAAAGAAAGAAAACACCUUCCAACGUUGCUAAGGAAAAUGAACAGAGCACUGAUUAGAAGCCCUCAGCUGAAAUGACACUACAAAAGGCAGCCUUCCAAAACUGAAUAAACAUACUCUAAACCAGCUACUGACAUUUGUUCAUUGUACUGUUGGGCUGUAAGAAUUUUCAACUACCCUUUUAAAUUAU